AUGUCUUUGGUGUGUUCAGAAGCCGUGCUCACUACUCAUCUUCAUUUUCAAGAAGACAUUGAACACAAUGGUUACUUAUCCUUGCCGGGUUCGUCGAUUGCCGGAUCGGAAACCGAAACCUCAGAGAUUGAGGAAGUUCCAGUGCAUUCAUUGUUCAGUCGUGGUUGGUUUGAAAUCCAUCCUAGGUUCAAAGUCGCCAUUGGAAUGAUAUUGGCCUUAAUUUCUGGGCUUGUCUUCACCUUCAAUGGAUCAGUGAUGAAGUAUUAUGGAAUUGAUCCGGUGGAGGUUCUCGCAGUUCGAGGAGCGGUCCAAUUUUGGUUCAUGUUCAUGCUGUGCAAAGCACGUGGCAUUCCGUUAUGGUCAGACGAAGUUCGAAACAAAACCAAGGGGUUGAUGUUACUUCAAGGCUUAAUGGGUGGGGUUAUGGUCAUCAUGAGUUUGAUUAGCAUCAUGAUGAUUCCUUUAGGUGAUGCUCUCACCUUCAUCUUCUCCAGCCCUGUGUUCACCUGCAUCUGUAGUCGCAUCUUCCUGAAACAUCGCUUGGGGCUUUGGAAAGUGAUCUUUAUAGGAUUACUCAUUCUGGGAAUCACCUUCGUUGUCCAACCUCCAUUUAUCUUCCCUGACACCGAAUCUAACCCCAACGAAGUGUCUCUAAAAGGCGAAUGGAACGAUGAUGAUCCUGAUAUCGUGGUCCAUGACUUUCAUUAUUACUUGGGAGCUUUGUUAGCCGUGUUAGCUGCGGUGAUUGCCAGCUUCAAUAGUGUUUGUGUUAGUGGAACCCUGAAACACAUUGAUUCCAUGGUCCUUGUGAGUUAUGUGGGAGCUUCCAGCUUUAUGAUCGCGGUGUUAUGCACCAUCUUUGACUUGAAGCAGCGUAUCUUCUCCGUCGAAAUUGUGGACAUUGCUGCUUGGGAAUGGGGACUCAUUUUUGGCAUGGCCAUUCUCGGCAUCUUUGCCUAUUUCAGUAUUACCAAAGCUCUUCAGUUGAUUGACCCCACUGUGGUGAGUGUCCUCAGAUCAACGGAGAUCCUCUUGGGCUUCUUCGUUCAAGUGAUAGUAAUGAACCAAAUUCCAAAUAGCUUUUCCAUUGCGGGAGCUUCCAUCGUGUUCCUAUCCAUCAUAAUGAUUGCCAUGGAGGGCAAUAUCGUCAGAAGAUUACCCCUACGUAUUCGCGGUUGGUUUUGA